AUGCGCGUCACGCGUGAGGUUCCCGGGUGUGAGUACUUCCCGAUACCGACGGCAGGCCCUGGGUCACCGCCCCGUUGUGCUGCCCCUCUGUUUACAUUCUUGCUGAGCCACGCGCUUGGACCUUCAGAUGAUCAGCCACCCCAGCAACCGAUGGCGCCUUCCUUCUUUGAGACAGCUACAAGUCCUUUCGCUUAA